AUGGCUUUCUUCUUCUUCCUCCUCCUCCUCCUCCUCCUCUCCCCCGCCGCCGCCGCCGCCUCCUGGCCGCCCUCCCCCGGAUUCUGGCCGAGCAGCCACGUCCGCUCCAUGGAAUUCUACAAAGGCUUCCGCAACCUCUGGGGCCCUCAACACCAAAGCCUUUCCCAAGACACUCUUUCCAUUUGGCUCGAUCGCACCACCGGAAGUGGAUUCAAGUCCCUCCGCCCUUUCCGAUCAGGAUACUUCAGCGCCUCCAUUAAACUCCAACCCGGCUAUACCGCCGGCGUCAUCACCGCCUUCUAUCUCUCCAACAACGAAGCUCACCCAGGAUUCCACGACGAGGUCGACAUCGAAUUCUUAGGAACCACAUUCGGUAAGCCUUAUACAUUACAAACCAAUGUUUACAUCAGAGGAACCGGCGAUGGUCGAAUCAUCGGAAGAGAAAUGAAAUUCCAUCUCUGGUUCGACCCCACUAAAGAUUUUCACAAUUACGCCAUUCUAUGGCGCCCAAAUGAAAUCAUAUUUCUCGUUGACGACAUACCCAUCAGAAGGUACCCAAGGAAGAGCGCGGCGACAUUCCCACUAAGGCCAAUGUGGGUUUAUGGCUCGAUAUGGGACGCAUCUUCAUGGGCCACAGAGGAUGGGAAAUACAGAGCGGAUUACAGAUACCAACCCUUUGUGGCUAAGUAUAGGAAUUUCAAAGCUAGGGGUUGUUCGGCGUACUCGCCGGCGUGGUGCCAGCCGGUAUCGGCGUCGCCGUUCCGGUCAGGGGGGCUGAGUAGACAACAGGAGAAUGCAAUGAAAUGGGUACAGAGCCAUCAGUUGGUUUAUAACUAUUGUUGGGAUAACAAGAGAGACCAUUCCUUAACACCAGAGUGUUGGCAUUAGAAUUUUGCGGGGAUUGGGCUUUAUCAUGCACUGAAAGU